AUGGCCAACCCCGCCUUGACGGAAGGUGCCGUGAGCCCUGGAGCAGUGGCUUGGGUGUUGACCUCCACAGCCUUGGUCUUCCUGAUGACGGCUGGGCUGGGGUUCUUCUACGGGGGCUUGGUCCGGGACACGAACAUCAUCAACACGAUGAUGAUGAGCGUGGUGUCCAUGGGCAUCGUGACGAUCACCUGGGUAGUCUUCGGCUUCUCCUGGGCCUUCGGGGACAACGGCCCGGUGAUUGGCAACUUCGACUACGCGCUCUUCAUGGACCUCGACAUGAAGAUGUGGGGCGACUCCGGCCUGCCUGGCCUCGCCUUCGCCUCCUUCCAGAUGACCUUCGCGAUCAUCGCCAGUGCCAUCAUCUCGGGUUCCUUGGUGGAGCGCAUGCGCUUCAGCGCCUACGCCGUGCUCCUGACCCUGUGGUCGCUCCUGAUCUACGCUCCCCUGUGCCACUGGGUGUGGGGUCCCGGUGGCUGGAUCGCGGAGAUGGGCGCGCUGGACUUUGCCGGGGGCACCGUGGUCCACAUCAGCUCCGGUGUCUCCGGCUACGUGGCCGGCGGCAUCGUGGGCCCGCGCCGGCACGUUGAGAAGCAGCUGGGCCCCGCGAACGCGCCCUUCGUGAUCUUGGGGGCUUCCCUCCUCUGGUUCGGCUGGCUGGGCUUCAAUGGCGGCUCGGCGCUGGGUGUCUCGGAUGGCGUGGCUGCUCGUGCCGUGGCCACCACCCUGAUUGCUGCUGCCAGCUCCAUGCUGUCCUGGCUGGUCAUCGAACGGGUCAUUCAGGGAAAGCCCAGCAGCGUGGGCGCGGCGGUGGGCGCGGUCGCAGGGCUCGUGUGCAUCACGCCAGCCGCCGGCUUUGUGACACCCGGCUGGAGCAUCGCCGUUGGCGUGCUGGGGGCACCUUGGUGCUACAUGUCCGUGGCUCUCCUCAACAAGAUGACUUACGUGGACGACACCCUGGACGCCUUUGGCUUGCAUGGCAUGGGCGGCAUUGCUGGGGCCAUCCUCACAGGCAUCUUCGCUGUGGAUGAUGGCCUCGUCUACUCCGGCAGCUUCACGUUGCUGGGCAAGCAAAUCGCUGGGGCCCUAGCCGGCGUUGCCUUCUCGGCAGCUGGCACUGCCGUCAUCGUGCUGGCGAUGCGGCUCUUCAUGAAGCUCCGUGUGCCCGAAGACCAGGAGUUCAGCGGAGUGGACGAGCACACGCACGGCGAGACCUUCGCCAUCCGCAGCCCCUUCAAGCAGAACACCUCCGCGGAGCACACGGAGAGCAGCGAAGCCUCGGACGCGUGA